AUGCAUACACACAUGUCCAUCACCAACAAGACUCUUAGGGGCCUGUUCCCCUCUAGCAGACGGUUCCACACGUUACCAACAUUAUAUCAUGGACAACCACAAAUAGUUACACGUCGAAGAAGGCCUACUCAGUUUUCCGACGAACUCAACAAAGGCCCAUCGUUUGAGGACUUCAUCAGCGGACGUGCCAAGGAUAUGAUUGUUGAUCCCCUUGAGGCGGCUCGUAAGGACCCCAAUGCGAGAUUGCCCGAGUGGUUGAGGGUCCCUAUUCCAAAGGGUAAGUCGUUUCACAAGGUCAAAAAGGACGUUAGAGAUUUGAAGCUUGCAACUGUCUGUGAGGAGGCAAAGUGUCCGAAUAUUGGUGAAUGUUGGGGGGGUAAAAAAUCAGAAGCAACGGCAACCAUCAUGUUAAUGGGUAAUACAUGCACUAGAGGCUGUAGAUUCUGUAGUGUUCAAACAAAUAGAAACCCAGGGCCUUUGGAUCCGCAUGAACCGUCAAACACUGCCGAAGCUAUAUCCAGGUGGGAGUUGGGGUAUGUUGUUCUGACCACUGUUGACAGAGAUGACUUGCCGGAUGGCGGGUCUGCACAUUUGGCCGAGACUGUCAGAUUAAUAAAGGAGAAGGCCCCAAAGACUCUAGUCGAAGUCUUAAGUGGGGAUUUCAGAGGGGAUCUGGAACAUGUCCAGACGUUGGCAAAUUCUCCAUUGGAUGUCUUUGCCCACAACAUUGAGACGGUUGAAGCGUUGACCCCCCAUGUCCGUGACAGGAGGGCCACAUACAGACAGUCGCUGUCGGUUUUGGAGAACGCCAAGCUAAACAAUGAUCAUAUCCUAACGAAAACCUCCAUUAUGUUGGGUUUUGGCGAAAGCGAUGAACAAGUUCUACAAACCCUGAAGGAAUUGCGGGAAAUCAAGGUCGAUGUCGUCACAUUUGGCCAGUACAUGAGACCUACCAAGAGGCAUAUGAAAGUUGUUGAAUAUGUCAAGCCUGAGAAGUUCGACUAUUGGAGAGACGUUGCUCUAGAUCUAGGCUUCCUCUAUUGUGCCUCUGGACCUUUGGUGAGAUCGUCUUACAAGGCCGGCGAGGCAUAUAUCGAAAAUGUUAUUAGAAAGAGAAAGAGAAAUGUUGGUGUUGACAGGGAGAUUGAAAUUGGUGACGAAAAGUUUGUUUCGAAAAAGCUUCUGGAUGAAGUGAAGGCUUGA